UCCGGCUCUGUCUCUGUCUCCAAGAUCCUCGCGAAGUAAAACCCUAGCCCGAGUACCGUUCCUCGUCUUUGCGGCGGAUCUCGCAGCCCUCCGAGAUGAAGGUCAUCGCUGCCUAUUUACUUGCAGUUCUUGGUGGAAACAUUAGUCCGACAACUGGUGAUGUAAAGGGUAUUCUAGAAUCAGUUGGUGCUGAUGUUGUUGAUGAAAAGAUUGAGCUUCUCUUGUCUCAAGUCGGGGGUAAAGACUUGACUGAACUUAUUGCUACUGGGAGAGAGAAGUUUGCCUCGGUGCCUUGCGGUGGUGGUAUUGCUGUUGCAGUUGCUGCUCCUGCUGGAGGUAGUGGUGGUGCUGCUGCAGCCUCUUCAGCUGCUGAGCCAAAGAAGGAGGAAAAAGUAGAAGAGAAGGAAGAAUCAGAUGAGGACAUGGGCUUCAGUUUGUUCGACUAAUUCUGACCCACUGUUUCUCAUUAUUGAAGAAAGCUAUUUUGGAGCAGCAAUUAGAAGUUGACCUGCACAAAUUUUGAGACUUCAAUUUAUUUUCUGAGAAAUGUCAUGCCCCAGUGUCAGUGAGUCAGAAGUAGUCUGUCAAUUUGGUGAUCCUUUUUGUUUUAUGCAAAGUUGACGAACCUAAUAGGAAUUUGACUCAAAUUUAUAGUCUCUACAUGUUCUUUAAAAUCUCGUUCA